GGCGGGUAGGCGCAAACUGGGCAGCAUGGCGGAUGAUGGACUCAGUUGGAGCGGACUAGGUGGCACAAACGGCGGGCAGGGGGCGGCGGGCUGGUUAGACACGCUCGGCUUGGGCGGAAUGUUGCUGAAUAUCAGCAUUUUGGUUUUGGUAGUGGCGGUUUGUGUAGUAGUAUACCGGCGGUGGGGCAGGCGGCUCGUAUCCGACGGGGCCGAGGACGGCGAGGCCCCGAUGCUUACCAAGAUGAGGAGACGGGACUUCACUUUGGAGCAGCUGCAGGAGUACGACGGUGUCCAGAACCCCCGCAUCCUCAUGGCCGUCAACAUGAAAGUUUUUGACGUGACCAGCGGCAGAAAGUUUUACGGAAAAGACGGCCCUUACGGCAUCUUCGCCGGCCGAGACGCUUCGAGGGGCCUGGCCACCUUCUGCUCAGAGAAGGACGCCCUGAGGGAUGAGUACGACGACCUGUCAGACCUCACCGCCGUACAGAUGGAGAGCGUGAGGGAGUGGGAGAUGCAGUUCCGGGAAAAAUACGACUACGUCGGGAGGUUGCUGAAGCCCGGAGAGGAGCCGUCAGAGUACACGGACGAGGAGGACAUCAAGGACCACCUGAAGCACGACUGAGCAGUCCCCAUCCCACGUACCAAAGCCAGAAGCCCCCAAACAGCUGUAUCUGACCGCCCCGGAGCACCAGAGCCCCUCCACGCAUCGUCCCGGCCCCCGUCCCUCCACCGGUCACUCCUCUUUCUUGUCCCUGUCUGUGUACCGAAACUCUGAAUCCGUCUGGUGCUGCAGCUGUUAUGGAAGGGGAAGGAGUAAAGUCUCGACAACCAGACCCCCUCUCUCUCUCUCUUUCUCUCCCUCACUCUCUCUCUCACCCGUGUCAUCCUACGAAGAUGAGCGGCAACAGAAAGCCUUUGAGGAGCUUUUGCUUUAUUCUUUUUUUUAUUAUUAUUAUUUUAAUUAGACAGCUAAGACGUCUCUGGGGGGCCGUUAGACGUUAGUCCGAAACCAGCUCGCUUGGAGGUUAGUCGGGAAUUGUCUGGUCUGGGAUAAUCAGCGGGGCAGGGCGGGGGGAGGAAACACUUCUCUCUCUCUCUCUCUCUCUCUCUCUCUCUCUCUCUCUCUCUCUCUCUCUCUCUCUCUCUUUCUCUCUCUCUCUUUUAAUCUUUGAUUCAGCCACAUAGCAAACGAAACCGCUUCAGCUUUGGGAGAAGUUCAUCAAUCAAUCACACAACUCAAUUUCUGUUCAGACCAUCUUCCUGCCUGGAUGAGAGGGCAGAUCUGUGGCCUAACCGAGGGCAGUCUGGCAGGCUUUGUGUUUAUCUGUUGUGUUUGUAGUGUAUGCACUACUAGUUUUCUUCGUUUGUCACCAUGUGAUUGUAUUUGUUAAGUAGCAUAUAGAGGGGACAGUGUUCCAGCAGCAUUACUGUUUUGUUUUUCUUUUCAUAUUUCAUUGCCGGGGCGUGGGGUCAAAGGUCUUUGCUACACGAAGCUUGUUUUAAAUCUCAUCAGAUGGACUAAAUCACAGAUUUCGGGGAGGGGAGGGGGCUAAAGGGAAGGUGAUAAGGCAGUCCUAAUCAAUUGACAAAUUGUUUACAUGCCUCACAAGCCAGCUGCAAGUCUGUAGAUUUCCCCUGAAAAUGGUCCAAGAAUUAAUCGUGCCUUAUUUUGUUUGUUGCGUCAGCGCCGACGGGUCUAACAGAAGGUAAGCGGAAGGAUGGAGGUGUCCGUUCCCCCCCCCCUAGACUCAGUCCAACCUCCCCUCAGACAUUAAAGGCAUUUGUUGCAUCAGUCGUCCGUGCAGAGACUGUAAUAUUUCCCCACUUCACGAACUUUGUACAUAGACCCAAUAAAUUACUCAGUGUUACUGCCAUAUUUAUGUAGUGGAUGAACUCCAUAUACAUAUAAUGCUAUGUCGUAUUGGCCAAAACCCCCCCAUUUUCUUUUUUUUUUUUUUCUCUCCUAUAGUUCAUUUUGAAUGUGGGUGAAUUUUUUUCCCCCCAAAAAUAAAUCAAGUGAUUCUAAAGGUGUUGCAAAAAUGCUGCAGGAUUGGACCGGGAGCUGUUCUUGCAGUUUUGUUCGUAGACAUUGCUUAUCCUGUAAAUAUAUCGUAUCGUUUAUUAAAAGCAUGUGCAACAUCAAAGUCAGCUAUGCCGAGGUUUCACCACAUGUAUUAAAAUGUCAGGCGCGCGUGAGAGAGUGUGUGUGUGUGUGUGUGUGUGUGUGUUUGUGUCCGUGUGAAAGAAGCGGGAGGCGAUUUGUUCAUGCAUAAUAAAUCAAUUUGGUUAAUAAUGG